GUCGUUUAAUUGUUACGUACGCUACUGUUGGAGUCUAAAUGAAUCCACAUCCACCCUUCAUCUUUUUCAGCAAACCUGUACCAACUAAGCACGUCUGCUAUUUUUAUCAAGCUGGUUGUUGUAAAAAUGGGGACAAAUGCACUUUUGUACACCCCAAGGUUCGUUGUCGGACGUUUUCCGCAGACGGUUGGUGCCCUUACGGAUACAAUUGUCAUUUUUGGCAUGAUCCUUCUAUUAAGCCGGGCAUUAUCAGCAUGGUCAAAAAGCCUUGCCAAUUUUUUGCAAACAAUCAAUGUAAAUAUGGUGACAAGUGUAGUUUCUCCCAUGAUAUUGAUGUCCAAAACAAUAAUGGGAUUACGUUGGAAGAAUAUCGGGCAACAAAAAAGGUGACAAGCUUGUGUAAUAAUAUCCAAGCUCCGAAAUCAACUACUGAAACGUCAAACUGCAAACAUGUUGGUGGUCACUCUGAAUGUGAUUUUCUCAAAAUAUCACCAUCAGUUAUAAAAUCUAAACGAACUGAAACAUCCUUAGAUAAAAAUUUCAACAGUGUGAGACAACCCUUUAAGAAAUAUGCAUCUGUGAAUACAAUUGAUUUUCAAGCAGCUUCAAGAGAGGAAAUUUCUGUUUUGAAUCAUUCUGAGCUGGAAUGCCUGAAAAAGCACUUUCCUCCCGACAAGUUAUGUGAAAUAGAAUCAAAUGAGGACCACCAUAUGUUUUUUGUUAGAUUCUCUUCCACGGAUCCAGAUUGGGCCUAUGAUGUUCGUGAAAUAAUACUGAAUAUUUACAUCCCACAAAUGUAUCCCAAGGAACCACUUCGAAUUUCAGUGGUAAUGCAAGAAUACUUACCAGUUAUCUUGGUUGACCACUUAAAUAAAGCAAUCACUUCUUGGGUUAGAUGUAAGCACCAAUAUUUGGAACGAACGAAUCGUCUAGAGCUAUACUUACGACCUUUUCUUUUAUGGCUUGAUCGUAACUUGGAAGAAUUAUUCACUGAUGGAUUACGCAAAUAUAAAGCAUUUUUAGAAAAUGGAACACUGGAUUCAGAUUUAUUUCCUUUGUUAACUAAAAAUAGUGCCGAUGUUAUUUCUCGUUGCAAGUCAAAUAAUAUGGAUAAUGGCAGUAAUUUACCAUCAAGUUAUGAUAAUACAGUUGGUUUAACCCCUCCUGCUGUGAUCGACGGGGAGAUUUUAGGAGGUUUCAAAUCACUGAACCUUAAUUCAUGUUCUGACAGUAAUCCAUCAGUUGCCGAAGGUGAUAAAACCUCAUUGGAAAACAAAAUGCCUAUCAUGAAUAAAGCCUCCAAUAACAUUCCAUCCCAUUCAGAUGCAUCAUCAAAUGUAUCUAAUAUAUAUCACCUUACAAAAGAGAAUGAUUUUCAAACAAAUUCAUCAUUGGAUUAUGAUAGUAUGAUUGGUUUGAUUCCUCCUGUUAUACCGAGAUCGAAACCAAAAGAAAGCCACGGUGACGAUUAUAAUUCAUGUGAUGAGGAUCAAUCUUCAGUUAAAAGUGAUACUAGUGUGCAUUCACAAACCAGCGAAUCCGUUUUAGAAUCAGACAGCACAGAUGAUGAUGUUAAUGAUUCUAGUAGUAAGUGUGAAGAUUCCAAAACCUCGUACGAUGGCGAAUUGCAAGGACCAUGUGAAGAUCUCCAUGAUUCUCCACUAACUACCCGUGGUACACAGAAAUUGUUAAUGAGUGGUCUUAGGCUAUUGGGUAAAGCAGGAACAUACAUACAACGACGACUUUCUGUUUCUCUACAUUGCACGCGUUGUCGCUUGAAUUUCCAAUGGCUUUUCACGUUCCAUGGGGCGCAAAGUAUGAAUGAUUUUAAUGAUCCCAAUACAGCACAUAGGCUUCUACGUUCACUCCCACCACACACGGCUAAUUGUGCACGCUGCCAUCAAAAAUUCAGUCUACUUUUUCAGUCUAGUUUAGCUCAUGCAUUUGACAACAAUAUUGGAACUCUACAUUUAGAUGGUUGUAUUGCUGACGAUGUCCCGUCGAAACAGUCUGAUGGUAUUAUUUUGUGUACUGAAUGUUUCCAUUCAGUGCGAGUCACUGGACUUGAUUUCGGCUGUCCUCUUACACGACGCUGCUUUAAUUGUCACUCGCUAACUGGAUUAGAAUUUAACAAAUUUCAAUUAGAAUUAUUAAAACAACCAAGUUCCGAGAUUUCGAAAAACAGUUGUAGUACAAACCAAGAUUUAUCUUCUCAAAUCUCCCGAAGAAUGCGACGUACCAUGAAUUCAGCCCAGAAUGCGCUCAUUCAGGAUGGAUCACCCUUACCAGCUUAUGGCAGCUGUAAACAUUAUCGAAAAAGCUAUCGAUGGUUGAGGUUUCCCUGUUGUGGACGCCUAGAACCAUGUGAUGUUUGUCAUGAUAAUUCUGCUGUUGAUGGACACGAAAUGGAACUGGCUACUCGCAUGGUUUGUGGAUUUUGUUCCAAAGAACAACCAUUUUCUACUAGCAAACCAUGUAUUAGAUGCGGGAAGAUGCUAUCAGGAACUCGAUCUUCACAUUGGGAAGGUGGAAAAGGAUGUCGUAAUCAAGUGACAAUGUCUCGGAAAGAUUCAAGAAAAUAUUCUCAAGUCAACAAGGUUAUAUCUAAAAAGAAAACCAAGCGAAACAAAUGAUAAGUACCAAUUCUUACAAGAUUCACCUAUAAACAAAAAUUGUUUAAAAAUUUCCAUCAUAUUACAACAAAUACUUAGAGGAAUGGGAAUCAUUCUUCCUAACAAAUGGUUUUACAACUAAAAUUUAAACAAAUGCAACUAAAUUUCAAGAAAUUAGAGAAUACGAACAUAAAUUCUGAAAUAUUUGACUUACAUAUGAGCUAUCCUUCUGAAUUAUUAAUAUAAACUCAAAUCUACAGAACAUGAUGGCAAUUAAUAAAAUAUAUAUAUAUAUAUAUAUAUAUAUAUAUAUAUAUAUUUUUCAUUCACAAUGUUUAUGUUUUAAUAAAUAGCAACUGUUAUCUUCAGUACAUUGUUUUUAUACUAAAUUUUUUAUAUUAAGAAAACAAUCCUUAAAUUAUGAGUUUGGAAUUUUCCACUUUGUGAUGAACAUUUAUUUUAUUUUUCAUCCAUAUUUUAUUACUAGGUUCUUGAACAGUGUCAUCUUUCUGAAUGCUUUUUUUUAUUAUUUUUUUACACAGACAACUAAUCACGUUACUUUACUUUUGAUAUUUGUGUUUAGUGAGUAAUUUUUUCAAGUCUUUUCAUAAUGAUCCUGGUGAAUAGAUUUUAUUUGGAAGUGAUUGUCUUUCAACAGUCACAAAAUGAUUAUGAAAAAGAUUCUGUCCAUCUCCAAAGAUUUAAUUUAUGUCUUUAUGCCAAUGCAAUGAUUUGAUUGUUUAGUUUUUAUCAUUAAAUUAAUAUGACCUACUGAUAUGAUAACAUAUUUAAAACAAUACAUUCACAUAGAAAUUGUAUCAAGAACUACGUAUCAAAGUAUUCAAAUAUGUAAAACAUUAAUGCAGCCAAACAUAACCGUUAA